AUGCAUGUGGCUGCCUGUAAUAACAGGUUAUUUUCUCAGAGGUUAACAAACCAAUGUUACAUGCAUGUACCUUACUCGCAUGCAGUCGUGGAGUCCAUCGGGGUGUGCUACGGCAUGAGCGCCAACAACCUGCCAGCGGCGAGCACCGUCGUGGGCAUGUUCAAGUCCAACGGGAUCAAAUCGAUGCGGCUGUACGCCCCCGACAAGGCGGCGCUGCAGGCCGUCGGUGGCACGGGCAUCUACGUGGUCGUCGGGGCGCCUAACGACGUGCUCUCCAACCUCGCCGCCAGCCCGGCGGCCGCCGCCUCGUGGGUCAGGAGCAACAUCCAGGCGUAUCCCAAGGUUUCCUUCCGGUACGUCUGCGUCGGAAACGAGGUCGCCGGCGGUGCCACCCGGAACCUCGUCCCAGCAAUGAAGAACGUGCAUGGCGCGCUCACUUCCGCCGGGCUGGGCCACAUCAAGGUGACCACGUCGGUGUCGCAGGCCAUCCUCGGCGUGUACAGCCCGCCCUCUGCCGGGUCCUUCACCGCAGAGGCGGCCGCGUUCAUGGGCCCCGUGGUGCAGUUCCUUGCCCGCACCCGCGCACCGCUCAUGGCCAACAUCUACCCCUACCUGGCCUGGGCCUACAACCCGAGCGCCAUGGACAUGAGCUACGCCCUCUUCACCGCAUCCGGCACCGUGGUCCAGGACGGUGGCUUCGGGUACCAGAACCUGUUCGAUACCACGGUGGACGCCUUCUACACGGCCAUGGCCAAGCACGGCGGCUCUAACGUGAAGCUAGUGGUGUCGGAGAGCGGGUGGCCGUCAGGCGGCGGCACCGCGGCGACUCCAGCCAACGCCAGGUUCUACAACCAGCACCUCACCAACCACGUCGGGCGCGGAACCCCACGCCACCAGGGCGCCAUCGAGACCUACAUCUUCGCCAUGUUCAACGAGAACCAGAAGACCAGCGGCGUGGAGCAGCACUGGGGACUCUUCUACCCCAACAUGCAGCACGUCUACCCCAUCAACUUCUGA